CCGGCCGGCCCUGCCCCGGACAGCGGCGGCAGCGCCGGGUGAGUCACGGCUUGGAAAUGGAGUGGGCGGGCGUGCGCGUAGCAGAAUGAAUGAUGUCAGGGAGAACCGCGGCGAGCAUGAGGCUCGCGGCAAACACGGCGGCGGCCGCAGCCCCGAACGAACGCUGCCCCCGGCGCCCCCCGGCCCGGAGCCGCCCUCCAGCGGGAGAGCCCUUCCAGCUGCGGCACUGCUGAGGCAGGAAACCUCCGCGAGAAGUGUCGCCUCCGCCGACGCCCUUAACGCCCGUCCCUUUCGCCAGGAAGGAGAAGAGGCUGAGGCUGGGAGAGGAGAAAAUUGCAGGGGAAGGUAGAGGUUGUGGCAAACUUUCUAGCUGCUUCUGCGUGCUGCUGCCUCACUGGUGGGAGUGUCUGCCCAUAGGAACUGCAGAGCCCAAACCUAAGAGCCCUGAGGCUCCAAAAAAGACUUCCAGCCGCCUUUGGAGGAGGAACUGCCAGCAGUGCAAGCUUUUGCAUAUACGGCUGAGUAGAUGAUUCAGCUCUAGAAGAAAGAUUUGUCUUCACAAAUUCCUUUGGAAGCACAAUGGAUGCAUUUUAGAGUUCUACAAAAGUCAUCUAGGAACAAGAACAUUGGACUUUAAGGAAUAACGGUUCAGAGAGCCCAGAAAUUGGUCACAAAUAAAGCCUCUUUGGCCAUACAGCUUGGAAAUGAAUACCAUUGAGACAGCAAAGCUUGAGGAGCAUAUGGAGGGUCAGCCAAAUGAGACUUCUAGUGGCUACUCUCGACCUACUCUCUCAGUCAGUGAAGAGAACAAAAAUGGCACUAGCAAACCAAAGGGCUUGUCUAAUGGCUUGCGAAAAACAUCAAAGAAGUAUCCUGAUUACAUCCAGAUUGCUAUGCCUGCUGAAUCUAGGAACAAAUUUCCUCUGGAAUGGUGGAAAACAGGCAUUGCCUUUGUCUAUGCUCUCUUCAACUUGAUUUUAACAACUGUCAUGAUCACUGUGGUCCAUGAGAGAGUACCUCCAAAGGAGCUAAGCCCUCCCUUGCCUGACAAAUUUUUUGAUUACAUUGAUCGUGUGAAAUGGGCUUUUUCUGUAUCAGAAAUUAAUGGAAUGAUACUACUUGGAUUAUGGAUAUUCCAGUGGUUGUUUCUUAGAUACAAAUCAAUAGUGGGACGCAGGUUCUUUUUUAUAAUAGGAACUUUGUAUCUAUACCGCUGUAUUACCAUGUACGUUACCACCUUACCUGUGCCUGGAAUGCAUUUUCAGUGUGCGCCAAAGUUGAAUGGGGACUCUCAGGCAAAGGUUCAGAGAAUCCUGCGACUGAUUUCUGGUGGUGGUCUAUCCAUUACUGGAUCACACAUCCUGUGUGGAGACUUCCUGUUUAGUGGACACACUGUAGUAUUAACGCUGGUCUAUCUGUUCAUCAAAGAGUAUUCACCACGUCAUUUCUGGUGGUAUCACUUAAUCUGCUGGCUGAUGAGUGCUGCUGGCAUCAUUUGUAUCCUGGUAGCUCAUGAACACUAUACCGUAGAUGUCAUCAUUGCCUACUAUAUCACCACGCGGCUCUUCUGGUGGUACCACUCAAUGGCUAAUGAAAAGACUCUAAAGGUGUCUUCGCAGACGAAUUUUCUCUCUCGAGCAUGGUGGUAUCCAAUAUUUUAUUUCUUCGAGAAGAAUGUGCAAGGCUCUGUUCCUUGCAGUUUUUCCUGGCCAAUAUCUUGGCCUCCCAGCUGCUUCAAAUCUUCAUGCAAAAAGUAUUCACGGGUUCAGAAGACAGGAGAGGACAAUGAAAAAUCUACCUGAAGAAAAGAAGGAAAGCAUCUGCUCUGUUUUUUCCAUUUUUGGUCUGGUUUUUUUUUUGGUUUUUUUUUUUUUUUACCAAACCAUUAAUGCUGUAACCAAAGUUCUUAAGAAGACUGUAACUGAAGAAGUGGACCAAGUUUCUGUGCAAUUGAUGGAAAGACAAUUGUAGAUAUGUAUUUCAUUUCAGAGGUUUUCCUCUCAUCAGGCUGUACAGACCUAUUCUACUCUUCAGUGCUAAUGAAAUACACCACUGAUGGGAUUUUUUUAUUAAAGAAAAAAUGGAGCAGGACUUUGCUUUAUUAACGAGAUAGAGGUGCCAAAGACCACAGUAACACUUCCAUUACUAUCACUCAUCCACAGAAGCACCCAAAAGUCUCAUCUUCAGAGCUCUGGAGUGCGUAAGGGCAAAAACAUGCUAAAAUGUAAAGGCACGAUAUUGGUGUACUGAGGUUUAUAAAAAAAUAACACAAUUGUGGGAAGUGGUUUGUUGCAUUAUUCUUGCUAAUGAAGGUAAGGCCUUUGUGUGACUGGUACAGCUGAAAGCAAGUCUGACUUUUUUUACACACUGUGGGUAUGAAUAUCUUAUGACCCUAAAAUACUACUUACCACCAUUAACUCCCAUGUAUUCUACUAUAUACCAAUUUUUACAUUUUUAUUAGUAAUUUUAUAUUUAAACAGUUGUGCUACCUGAUGAAAUUGUGAAUUAGAAAAAGCUGCUAACAUCAAAGCUCAAGGAGCCUAAAAUUUUGUUUUUAGUAAGGGGACACAGUUUCAACAUCUAAAUUUUGAAUUGCAGCUGGCCUCAUGUAUAUAGCUAUACAGUGCCUGGCAGUGUAUAUAGAUGCAUAUAUACACAAAAGCACACAUCUUAAACUAUUUACUGGAAGAAUGAUCAUAGAGUUCUUGAUGCAGGCAAAAGUUGUACAGUUCUCACCUGCUUGAGGAAUGCAAGGCCAGGUCCAAAAUGGGGCUAUGUUUAAAAUAAACAUUUUAAUUUUAGUAGCAAUCUUAUGCUGAAGCUAUGUAGCAGGUUUGCUUGGGAGCCAUAGUUCUCCAUUGAAUCUCUCUUUUUUUCUUUUACCUCUUGACACAUGUUUUUGUGACUUACUUAAAAAAAAAAAACAACCAAACAAAAAAGUGCUAAGGUGAAAUAUCUACAACAGCAGCAUUUCUUCAAUUGCAAUCUAAAAUAAUUUCAUAUUAAAUGACACUGUGGUAGAACUUAAAUGUAGAUUCCCUUUUUUUCCAAGGGUUUCAGUCCAACUAAAAUGGCUAUUUAAACAAGUUGGCUGAUAAUGGGGAAAAUUACCAUGAGGUGAACAUUUAACAAAACCACAGAUUAACAGCUACCUGUUUCUUGUUGGUUUAUGUUGUUUUGUAUUGUUGUAAAGGCAAAGUAGAAAAUUAGCACACCAUGUUUAGCCUUUUAUAUUCUGUAUUCAUUUCUGCAGUUAACUCAAUAUUCAGAUCUUCGCUAAAACCUAAUGAAAAUACAAAACUGCAUUAAGUGUUGAGGUGGUACUAAUAUAAAUGAAAUGCUGCAUAUUUUAAGAAUGUCUUGAACUGAGUGACAAGUGUGAACACAAUUUAAUAGUGACAACUUAUUUUUAAAAAGUCCAGUUAAAGUUGUAAAAUUAAAUACAGAGUAUUCAAAUAUAAGAAUUUUCAGUUAAGGGGAUCAUUGCUCUGAGUUGUACAUGAGACUAUUUUUGAAGUGCAUUUCAAAUAUUUUUGUGCAUUAUCAAAAUACAAUAAAAAGUGUUCCUUUCAAUACAUUUUUGGAAAAACUUAGUUAUAAAAGAAAUUCUGAUGUUUGGUUUUGUUAUUUCAAAUGAGCUCAGUAGACUCUGAUAAUGUGCCCUUGAAGUUGUGUGUGUAUGGACAGAUCUGUGCUUUCAUUUGCUUGCUUCUAGCAGACCAUGAAGCGCUAAAAAGCCAGUAUCAAAAAACUUUUGAAUCUUUUUUCUCUGUCUUCUAUCUUUUAUCCCUAUCAUUCCAACACCAGUCAGAUCUCCCAAGAUACCUGUUAUAUCAGUACUUCUUCAUAGAUAAUUUUUUCAGCUAAAAUCUAAGCUUUGUGAUACCUUAAAUAUGGUCAUGUUAAUCCACUUGUAGUAAUACUAUCUUUUAGGAGUUAUGAAUGGAUUUCAUUAGUGGUCACCGUGCCUUGGAAAUAGCAUGAUGAAAAGCAUUACCUCAGGAGCUUAAGCAGUGUUUUUCAUCUGGUGGCUGCAAAAUAAACACUUUGAUAGUCUAGAUAUAUCUAAUUGUCUGCAUAACCACCACCACGCCUCGGUGGGAUUUCUGUAAUAGAUCUGCAAAGCAAGCUUUCUUCAUGCAGGACAAGGUGUUUGGGGUUUUUUACUUGUUUUUGCUUCUGAAAGAAAAAAAUGUGAAAAUUUAUAAAAUAGAGCCAAGUAAAGACUGCUUUUGUUGGCCUGUGUGAGCUUUCAUUUUACUGCUGAAUUUGAUAGAGACUUCUAUUGUAAUACAGAAGGAAAGUCUAAGUAGCAGCUCUAGCUCAAAAUACUUGAUUCCUGUUCUGGCUCAGUCUUCCCUUAAGUGCUUAAUAUUUAUCCAUUGUAUGAAAGCUCUCAAAGAGGUAUGUGUGUGUUUGUUUAAUUAGCAGAAAACCCCAAUUCUCUACGCAGAAUAGCUUUUAAUUGCUUUUAAAAACUUGGAUGGUAAAACUGUAUUUGAUGACUCUUUAGACCUAUAUGUAAGGUGAUAAAAUGGGGUAAGUAAUGGUAUAUUCUAGUUCUUACUGCUCUAUUGUAGUUUAUCCAAUACAAACCACAACUGCUACAUAAAAAUUACUAAUUCUAACAUCUUGGUGAUCAUUGCACACAAACAGCAUGAGGCUUAAAGUAUAGUUUCAUCCUAUGAGGCAAGAGAUUGUAGGCCUGAGCAAAGUCCAGGUUUCUCCUUUUUACCUACUGCAAUCAAGUGAUCCUAUGUUAUUUAGUCAGUAUGUGCCCAAUACUUUCCAGUGUGUCACUAAUUAUUUUUUCCUAGUUACAGUAAUAUUUCUCAGAUGUCACAUGAGCUGCCCUUUUACUGUGUCUAUAACAUGCUCCUCUCGACUGAAGAGCGUUUACAUGUUGAACUAACAGACACUUAAUGAAAAAAACCACUACAUUUGUACACCUGACCUAUCAGUAUGACUUAAAUGUUGAUGGGCUUUCUUAAAAUGCCGAAUGUAAAUUUAAAUCUGGAUUUAAAACGCUACCUUGAGCAUUUAAAGAAAUGUGCUAAGCGGUCAUGCUACACAUGCUUAGUUCUAAUGCCAGAAAUUGUUAAUGUCUGCUUGAAAGCGCUGUAAAUGGGCUCCUUUUUCGGUAGGUGCUUAGCACUCCCUCGUGGACAUGAAUGGUACUAACUGUUAGUCAUCCUUCACUGCUGCUUUCUUGGAAAGAUCGCCACAGGUGGCGUAAUAGCAAAAAUAGCUGUGCUAAACAUUGCGAUGAACCCUUGUACUGGAUUUGCUGCCCUCCUUAAAAUAAUCAGUUGGGAGAGAAGGAAACUACAAAAAAAUUUAUGUUAAAAUACACUGCCAUCAUAUAAUAGAGAAAUAAAGCUCAGCAACAGAGACAGAACUGGGAAGUCUUUAAAAGACAUGAGAGACCAUUCUCUUUAUUGGAUUAUUGCAGAUCCACUUAUCAGGGUCUUAAAUCAGAAUCUGUUCAAUCUCUGGCUUUCUCCUAUCAGUAGUAUGUGGCUAGACAGUUUAUCCUAAGUUAUUUGGUACUAACCCAAAUUCUUUUUCUCAUUUCAUUAGAUGGGAUUUACUGUUCUAGAGACAGAUCCAUUAACUUCAGGGCAAGGUGAAGCCUUUCCAUUAACUUUAAAUGAACUUUCCCAUAGCUAUUUGUUGGUUUUUAUAUUUGUUUGUGGGAUUUUUUUUCUUUGUUAGUGGGGUUUUUAUUUUUUGUGGGGUUUUUUGUUUUGUUUUUGUUUGGGUUUUUUUUUUAAUCCAUAAACCUUGGAUCUUAAAGAUGGGGUAAUUUUGAAAAUGGGUCCAAGCUGCCAGAUGGACUGAAACCAUUUUGCCUUACUGGUAGAUCUAAUAGUUGUGAAGCUCCAUUGUUAUCUUGAUGUUUUUACAAUAUAUGUGUUUUAGACUUACUUAGAACUCUUAUAUGGGCAUACAAAAUUAGUGAUGCUCUAAGAUUGAACACUUCUGUAUUGAAGUGUUCUGUUCCAGGCAUUGUAAAAUCAAUGUCUUAAAUUCAGUUACUGAGAAUAGGGAUCUUAAAAGUAAAUACUCCUAUUAGGCUUCAUUCAAAUGUUGGCUGUUUAAGUGCACAUGAGAAAAAUAUCCUAGUAUGCCAUUAAAGUAACUUUGCUUGUAAGUAAGCCUUCAUGUGCCACUUUUAAAGCUUCUUAGAAUCCAGGCAGAAGUGCUGUGAAACAGAAUAGAGACAUGGGCAUUUGUUGUAGUAUUUGUAAGGAAAAGGAAGGAGGAUGAAAAUGCUGAAGUAGAUGGUGAUGAUAUAUUGCUUUUUGCAUGAAAUUUAGCUAAAACUACACCUAACUUCUAAGAAGUGUAGAUUUAAAUUGUGUAAUAGUUCUGCAAAAAAAAACUCAGACCUAUAAGGAAGCAGCAGUAUUAAGCACAUCAUUCUAUGGUACAGCUGUGUAUCUGUGCUGGCUCUCAUCUGUAAGUUAAACUACAAGAACAAAACCUAACUCAGUGAGAGAUGCUUGGAGAUUAAAGUACUUAAAUAUUAUUAGCAGUUUUUUAUAAGUUGUUCCUACAAGCUGCCACUAACAGUUUCUAAAACAAGAACAAAGUACUGCAAUGCUUAAACUAUACUGAAGCUUUUUUUCUAGUUGGCUUCAGUUUCCAUGGAUUUAACCAUAUGAUUAAAUCUUAUUAACCUAGAAAGCAGCAUAUGAGAAUGUCAGGCUAGAUACAAGUAGCUCAUGUAUUGCAGGGAAACUUUCCAGUUCUGAACUCAUCUUUCCUAACUAAACACUCAAUGCCUGAAUGAUCUUUAACCAUGAAGGAGCAAUACCGUGCAGUCUCUAAUGUGUAUAUGAAAUACUAGUGUUGAGGAUUCCUUCUUUCUGCUGUAAACCAGUGAUGAAAAACCCACAAAAGUUUGACUUGUUUUCAGUGAAAAAUUUUUAAUUUUAAGGACUUGGAGUUGAGCAAAUAGCUAGCUAGUUUUCUGUGGCUCUUGGCUGUGUACUAACCUUUUAAGAUGCAAGCUAGGGAGGAGGAGAGGGCAGACCACUUCUUACUAGGUGGAACAGUAUGUGACUUUUUGAAUUAUAAUUGUGUUGUCUGCAUGUUACAUGCAGUCUUAUUUGUACUACAGUUGACAAAAGAUGUUGUAUUAUGCUAUUAUAGUUAGUGUUUGAACUUUUUCAAAUGAUUCUGUAGUGGCUGAUUCUGUAGUUCCAGUUCUGCUGGAUGAAAAGUGAGUGUUUUUGUCCUUUACUUGCAGUCUAUAUAGUUAAACAAAACUGAAUUUAGUUCUGGUAAAUGUCAAUGGAAAAAUUGCAGAUCCCUUGGAAUACAGUACCUAAGGUGUUUUAAGGUAUCUGUGCAUGGGUUUCUUCUAGGAAAAAAUACUCUUUUUUCAAGCUGUGCCUAAAUAAUAAUGUCAGCUCUUGCAUUUUCUCUCAGCAUAUGGUCUUUAGGGGGUUAGCAUUGGGGACAUUGCAAAGAAUUACUACAGAAUAAUCUCCUUUGUGCCAACUGAGAUCAAUUUUCAGAAAGUAUCUUUGCUGAAAUAUGUUUGAAGAUGACUUUUGGGGAUCUUUUUGUUUGUUUUUUAAUUGAGAGGAAAAGUGCUCAGAAAUGAGUCUGAAAUAAAAGCAUCUCAAGCAGUUGGGGCCAGGCACCAUGCAGGCACAUGGGUGUGGAAAGAGGUUUCUCUGGCAUAAGCAAUAUUGGAUUCAGUACACAGUGGCUUGCCUUGGAAGGCAAACCAGGUUGUACUUGUACAGUAGAGAUGGCUGUGAGCCAUUUUUACCUAUCCUUUUGAGCUUCUUUCAGACUGACAGUGCGGUACUAAAGGUGGCAGUAGCUAAAAAAUGAAGGUCACUUGAAUUCAAAAUUAUAAAUGGGGCUGAAAAGGCAUAUCUCUGUAAAACCAGUCAUCAGAGAGCUGCAUUCCAACUCAGUGGAGAAUACAGUUGGGUGUUACUUCAGCUGUGUGAGUUGCUUUCUAAAUGUGCUGUUUGCUUUCUAAUUUUUUUAUUCAUUAAAGAUGGCAGGUGGGUUGAGAAUACCAAGAGGAAAUUUAUCUCCCUGCUUACUUUUACCUCUACCAUUGAAGUGUUUGUGUAUGAAUCUUCAACAAUAUUACUGAACUCCAACCCUCUUACAUUUUGAGUAACUUAGCAGUGCUUUGUGGCUUCUGUAAAAACUAGGCUUGCAUUCUACUUCUUUUCAGUUUGUUGCCACUCAAAAUGCUGCUUAUGCUGAAGCCUGUGCUGCUUUAGACUGCUGUCUAACUACAUCUGAUUCUACUAAUUGUCUUUUCUAAAUGGCUCAAUACAGAAGAGUAAGAUUUACAUUUGAGAAAGCCUCAUAAUUAAGCCUAAAGGCAUUCUUGUCAGACAAAUCUUUGCACAAUUAGUACUUGAAAAUAAUUUCAGGUCUCUAAACCUAACAUGCUAGGGCAUACUUAUUUUGCCUCAGGAACCAAUUCUUGCAUCUUAAAUGUUCAGCACAUUUGUUUGUGUUUAUUUUUGUGAAUCAGAGAGAUGUGUGAGAUGUGCAAAAGGUUCUUCUAGCUUUUGAGGUCAGGGUUAUACUUUCAGGAACCCGAAAGUAAAAGCAGCAAUAUUUUGGUGACUGUGGUUCUCAUGCUUUCCAUGUGACUUUGAAAACACUCAAGACUUCCCUAAAAACAGUGCAGGACCUCACUUUGUCUGCAACAUGGUUUCAUCUUUGUCAGCUGACAGCUUUUCUUGCAUGACUUCUCCUAGGUUGGAUCCUGUGUAUCCAUAGUUCUGUAUGUUAGUUGGAGCUGUAUAUCCAACCUUGGAAAAACUAAGCAAGAAAAAGACACUGGCUGCUGGGGAGCCCUACAUGGUAAUAUAAGAAUGCUGUAAUGUGUGCUCUAUAAGAAGCUAAUAGAUAAGAUGGCAUUGUUCUGUAGCUUUAGGGUCCAGUUUUGCAAGCACCACGCAGCAGACUACUGCAAUAACAAAUUGAGAAACCUUUGGUACUGUAGUUUCUACUGAUCUUUGCAAACUGGGUGUCAUUUUUGUAUGAAUUCUUCACAAUUAGAGUAGGCUUUUACUUUGUAAAACUUUGAGGCUGACACUUUAUAGCUGAUACUUCGUUAGGUAACUGAGUGUUAUGGUUUGCUGUAUGUGUGCAAGAGAUACUAGAGCUAGCGUUGUGAUUUGUGCUGCAGUUUGUUCACUGUUAAACCCAAACCAAAACCAACUAUUGCACUAGCUGUACUUUAAAAGAAGCAAUAACAGGAGCAUCUUGUAGCUUUUCUCUCCAGAGGUGCUGUCUGUCAUGAUCACUUCACUGUCAACUGUGAAUUUGGUAAAAACAUGCUUAAAGAAAUUAUCCUAUGUGGUUUAUUUGGCACAUACAAGUUGACAUUUUUUAUGGUCAGCCUGUGUACUGAUGAAUACAGCUGGACUAUUUACAUAACCACCCACAUCUUUAAAAAUCAAAAAUGUUAUAUCCAUUUAUGGUGCUAAUGAUCUCCAAUAUUAUAAAGAGCUGGUAUUCUCUUAUUACACAUGAACACUAAGGAAAGCUGUUGUGACACCUUUUCAAUAAACAAAAUUUCUCUACAUUUUAAGCCUGUUCCAAAUGCUUUUUUAUAUACAUAAAUCACUUUUCUAUUUUUUUUAUAUAAAAACUACAAAAAAAUUAGUAUUUUAAUGCAGGAAAAUACUCAGCAUGUAUAUUGUUCUAAAUUACAUGUCCAAUUCUAAAUUUUCUGUCCAAUUUAAACAUUUUAGGGUAGCUAGUCUUCUGAAACUCAGAUUAAAAUGAAGGAAUUGUACUAGGUAGGAUUAAGGGACAGACUAGUAGUUUAAAGAAAAUCAUUCUCUGGUUUCAUCAUCAGUGUUGAAGCCUUGGAGGCAGAGGUAGAGGAUGUGAGAUGGACAAAGGUGUAUUAGGAGGACACUGACUAUGCAAUGUAGAUACAUAUUUUGCUGAAACUUUAAAAAAACUCAACUUGUGAUGGACAUGACCAUGUAACUACCUAAAGAAUAGAGGUAAAACAACGUAAUUAUCAAAGCAGUUCACAGUAGGACAUUAUAAUAACAGGUGAAAGAACCUUAAACUAGAUUGUUUAGAUUGUGAAACAACAGUAAUUUUCUAGCUUUGUUUAAAAGCUUCACAAGCAACUUUUUCUGAAGAUGAAAAACUAUCUUGUGCCUUCUGUUGCAGAAGCUAUUGUUGCCUUACCCCACCCCCGCCUUUGGUUGUGAUUUUAUUGUAUAUCAUGGACAGUGCACUUCCAGAUGUUUCAGAGAGGCAUUUUUGGGCAGCAGUACCUACACUUUCUAUCCACAGAGAAUACAGAGCCUUUGAUUCUUAUUAAAGGCCCCUUACUUGGGAGCUUACACUUGUGAAAGUACAUGCCUGUGACAGGUGUGUCAAUCCUGUUGUAGUCAGCUCUUAAAUGAGCAUGAUGCCCUUAAUUCAUCUGGACACGUGACUGUGCGGAGCGGGUGACGUGUCCAGGUGCACUGGUGGCACUGCAGCACACUCCUCUGCUCUGAAGUGGUUGUACCCUAAGUUGCUGUCCUUCAUAUAGUAAAUUCUCUUAAAUCAUUUCCACCUAGUACUUCAAGUAAAUGGUCUUCUCUAAGAUCUGUGUGAUAGAACUUCAGUGUCAGUGUGAAGAAUAUUCCAUGUUUAGAGUAACUUAAUUUGAAGCAGAAACAAGCCCACCAUCUAGGAUGGAACCAGGGCUAGGUGGGGAUUUUGUUGUGUGAAGGUAGAUAGUCUAAUAACAGUAGUCUGGAUUGUCUUCCUACUUGUCUCAGUGCCUGCUUUAAUAGUAGGACACUCGGAAAAGCCAAAGAUUGAACAAAGUCACCCAUAAUAGUCAGAAGCCACAUUGAAAUAGAACUUUCCUAUCUUAAUUACUAGAUGCUUCAGAGAAAAUGGACUAUAUUUUUUUUUAAUUUACAAAAAAGGUGCAAUACUUCCAGAAAUGUUAGGAGGCAAAUGACUGCAUGUUUCAGUACCCUGCAAAAACAAAAUUUCUGUGAGCAUGUGACACGCAUUUGACCAAAAGUGGGUUUUUUUAGCUUUAGCUGCUGUGUUACAGAAACAUGUUUCAGUGCACUAGUGUAACUCAGAACUUUCAAAUAUUUUCAGUGUGCUUUUGAUGAGGAGAGUGUUUUUUAUGAAUAAAGUGCCUGUGGAAAUAAAAAUACAAAAGUUGCCUGCAAGCUCAAAUAAACCAUAUAAAACCACAACCCGUAGUUGAAGAGAAUGGCUGUUAAGUUAGAAGCUGCAGAGAACAGCUGGUCAACAGUCCUAAGUGUUGAUAAGAUUCAAAGAUUGAGAGAAUAUGUUGCUUUUGAGAGUUUACUGUGUUUAUUAAACUUCCAAUGCUUCUGCUUGGGCCUUAAUGCUGUAACUUGGUUAUCUAUCAAAGGAAAAAUUAUUUCCUUUGAACAAUUUUACUUUUAAUGCUUGCUUUCAUAAUAGUCUUUACUCUGAUGGGGAUUUUUGUUUGCUUGUUACGUAGAGCUAUUUUUGACCUGUUAAAAGUAGAGUCACCAAAUGCUUUGAUUCUUCAGUUAGGGGCAGAAGAGUUUGAAGAAAGGUUCUUCCUUAAGUGCAGAAUUAAAGGGGGUGUGGUUUUUAUUACACUGAUAGAACUGAAGAGAGGAUUUUAAUGGCAAGUUCUAUAGUGCUAAAACUUAUACAUGUACUUACCUGGAGUAUGCAGAAUAUUAUUAAAAUACUUGGAUAUGUUUUGCCUUUAAUUUCAUGCUUUAAAAAGAGGCUAUUUGGUUCUAAUUUAAAUUGGAUAAAAAUCUGAUUUUAAUGUUGCAAAAACUAUUAUUUUAACUUGAAAUAUCCACUUAUGUACUAGUCUGUUAGACCCAAAAUAAAAUUUUGAAAUUAAUCUCAUUUUUGUCAAAACUAAUGUGCAAUUUAAUCUCUGGACGCCCUAGAAUUGGCCAUAUGCCACUGAAACCAAUCUUUCAACUGCAUACAUAGGCAUUAUUUUUUUUUAUCUAGUUUAGCUUCUUGACUAGACUGAGAAGGAAGUGAGGCUCGAUUACUGUUGUACAAAGAAAAUAGGCAAAAACUGUAAUGUGUUUCAGCUGUGCUGAAUACCUUAGCUUCUUAUUUUCCCACUACAGAACCUAAACUUUCCUGGAGACUCAGAUUUAAAAAUAAAUCUUUAGUUCAGGUAAAUUUUCACCUGUUUUUACAUGUUUUUUCUAGUAGAUGCAUUUUAUUGGUAUACAUUGUAAUUAGCCACUGAAUUUCUGCCAAAUAUAGAUGAAAUAAAAACUGAAUUCUGUUUUGCCAGUAUAAAUCUGUUCUUAGUUUUUCUCUUUUGUUUAAUCCAUUGCUGGUAAAAUGUCCACUUGUUGUUUAUAUUAAAGAGACAGUUGCCUUAAUUGCUCAGAGGAAAACUGACCUUGACCAUUUAAAGCUUUAUGUAUUUCUGAAAUUGCUGUAACUUCUGUAUAAUUGCAAUAAAACCUUUUUAAUACAGUUCAGCCACUA